AGGCGAGGCGGGGAGGUAUCCUUCGGUGGGGGCGACCGACUCGCCAUGCGCAGCGCGGGCGGCCCGGCCAGGUGAGCCAGGUGAGCUGCCGGCUGCUGGACUCCUGGGAGGAGGAGGAGGAUGGCCCCGGAGCGCAGCGGGGUGGCUUCUUCUUGGGCGCCGGCGGCAGCAGGCAAAGACAAAGACUCUUCUGCAGCUCUGUAUAAGAAGAGAGGCGGACUUGCUGCCCUGAGCAAAAGGAGGUUUUAGCACAAAGUUUAUGCGGACCAAAGAAUCGCCAGAUGGAUUACAGGUGGCCAUCAAGCACGUUGCGAGGAACAAAGUGGCCGAGUGGGCACAGCUGCCAAACGGGAAAGUGGCACCGCUGGAGGUGGUCUUGACGAGUCUUGUGUGUUCAGGCAACGGCCACCGUGGCAUCAUCCAGCUCUUGGACUGGUACGAAACGGCGGAAGGCUUCUUUUUGGUGCUGGAGAGACCUGAACAUUGCCAGGAUCUCUUUGAUUAUGUGACUGAGCAGGGGCCUCUGUCGGAAAAGCUUUCCCGGCACUUCUUCCGCCAAGUGGUGGAAGCCGUCAGCCACUGCCACGGCCACAGGGUGGUUCAUCGGGAUAUCAAGGAUGAAAACAUCUUGGUGGACGUCCGCACCGGCAGCCUCAAGCUGAUCGACUUUGGGUCGGGGGCUUUGCUGAGAGAUUCUGUUUACACGGAGUUUGAUGGGACUCGGGUCUACAGCCCUCCAGAAUGGGUGGUGUCCCAGCAGUAUCGCGCUGUUCCGGCAGCCGUCUGGUCGUUGGGAGUCCUGCUGUAUGACCUGGUGUGCGGAGACAUCCCCUUUGAGCGAGACGAGGAGAUCGUGGCGGCCCGUGUGCAGUUCCACGUGCCUCUCUCUGCUGACUGCCACGACCUCAUCCGAUGGUGCUUAUCUCCAGAUCCCUCCGAUCGGCCCACUUUGGAACAGGUGCUUCUACAUCCGUGGUUGAAACUGGACCCGCUCCUCCAGCCUGAGGAGAUGCUGGCCCCAGCCCCUCCUCGGAGCACUGCUUCCAACAGCAGCGGCUGACAGGGCCGGACCUUUCCUUUGGGGAAUGGUGGUGCUCAUAGUACCAAAGGGACCUCAAGACAGCCAGGUUUUGGUCACUGGCUGGUGAAGAGUUAACCUGGUUAUACAGGUUUCUUACUAACUGCACUGGUGGGCAAGAAGGAACUAGAGCUGGCAAUAAACUGAGUAAUCCAUGCUCAAAGUCCCUUCCCUGUUCAAAUGACGUUUGAUUUCUGGCCUCCUCAGGCCCCAGACAUCUCUAGGCAUGUAAAUACUUGUGUAUUAAUAUUUGACAGUCCCUGCAGCUGUUGUGGGGGGGAAAAGUCUGGGGUGAAUUUCUACCUCUGCCCCACAGUUUUAUCCUGUGGGGUCAACCAGCAAGCAAAAUCCCUGUGCAUAGGUUUGGUUUACAGUUGUAUGGCUUUUUAAAUAUUUGUUGACAUAUUUGUACAGAGAAAUUCUAUCCUCCCAGCCAAAUCUGUAUAGAGAUCUAUUUAAUUAAAAAGAUUACUUUGUG